CUAGGGUCAGACAUUGUUCAAUGGUUAAUAAAGAACUUAACUAUAGAAGAUCCAGUGGAGGCACUCCAUUUAGGAACAUUAAUGGCUGCCCAUGGCUACUUCUUUCCAAUCUCGGAUCACGUCCUCACACUCAAAGAUGAUGGCACCUUUUAUCGGUUUCAGACACCCUAUUUUUGGCCAUCAAAUUGUUGGGAGCCGGAAAACACAGACUAUGCGGUUUACCUCUGCAAGAGAACAAUGCAAAACAAGGCGAGGCUAGAAUUGGCAGAUUAUGAAGCUGAGAGCCUGGCCAGGCUGCAGAGAGCAUUUGCUCGGAAGUGGGAGUUCAUUUUUAUGCAAGCAGAAGCACAAGCAAAAGUGGACAAGAAGAGAGACAAAAUUGAAAGGAAGAUCCUUGAUAGCCAAGAGAGAGCAUUCUGGGACGUCCACAGACCUGUGCCUGGUUGUGUAAAUACCACUGAAGUGGACAUUAAGAAGUCAUCCAGAAUGAGAAACCCACACAAAACACGGAAGUCUGUCUAUGGUUUACAAAAUGACAUUAGAAGUCACAGUCCUACCCACACACCCACACCAGAAACGAAACCUCCAACAGAAGAUGAGUUACAACAACAGAUUAAAUAUUGGCAAAUACAGUUAGAUAGACAUCGGUUAAAAAUGUCAAAAGUUGCUGAUAGUCUGUUAAGUUACACGGAACAAUAUUUAGAAUAUGACCCGUUUCUUGUGCCACCUGACCCUUCUAACCCAUGGCUGUCUGAUGAUACUACUUUCUGGGAACUCGAAGCAAGCAAAGAACCAAGCCAGCAGAGGGUAAAACGAUGGGGUUUUGGCAUGGAUGAAGCACUGAAAGACCCAGUUGGGAGAGAACAGUUCCUUAAAUUUCUAGAGUCAGAAUUCAGCUCAGAAAAUUUAAGAUUCUGGCUAGCAGUGGAGGACCUGAAGAAAAGGCCUAUUAGAGAAGUCCCUUCCCGAGUUCAGGAAAUAUGGCAAGAAUUUCUGGCUCCAGGAGCCCCCAGUGCCAUUAACUUGGAUUCUAAGAGCUAUGACAAAACCACACAGAAUGUGAAGGAGCCUGGACGAUACACAUUCGAAGAUGCUCAGGAGCACAUUUACAAAUUGAUGAAAAGUGAUUCAUACCCACGUUUUAUAAGAUCCAGUGCCUAUCAAGAGCUUCUACAGGCAAAGAAAAAGGGGAAAUCUCUCACGUCAAAGAGGUUAACAAGCCUCGUUCAGUCUUACUAAAAGGAUCAUCUUGUAGCAUGGAAGCAGACUGGAGUCUUUGCAUAUACUUUGUAGCUCUUUGUUGUUACCUGGAGCAGAGGACAUUAGACCAAGAUGUUGCAUGAGCAAAGGACCUGAAUUGUUCUCUCUUUGUGUACAUUAAGGCACUGCCAUUUCAAGUGACUCUACCAUCUCAAUGCCUCCAUUUCAAAAUGUUGUCUGCUUACUUUCUCCUUGUACUAAGCUGGAUCUGUGUCUUUUCCUUUUUAACAAGUUCAAGUGAAGUAAACCUUUUUUUUUUUCCUCUUUCUCUUUCUCUUGAAGCUUUUGCUAGACACACAGUUCACUGAAAAUUCACUCAGUCAAAAACUGGAAGAAUUGUAAAAAAAAAACAUAUAUCAAUAAGUAUACAUAUGGCUUCACAUUUAUUAAACAAUAAAUUAGCACAGAAAGUUUCAUUUCACCAAUGUGUUCACAGUCAGAAAAAAGCUCAUGUCUUUGUUGUCUGUACAUUCUCGGUUAAUGUUUCUUGCAUUUAUUUUUAUACCAUAUUUAAAUAAGAAACACCUUUUACUCCAAAUGUAUUAAAGUUGAUCCCUUCUCUGUAAAUUUGUGUAUGUUUAUAUUGUUGUUUUAACUUUCAUUAAAAGAUGCAGAAUCUC